AUGAGAUUGCGUUUUGGAGGAUUAUUAUGCGGACUUCUUGCAGCAGCGCGGAUGACAAAAUGCAUAUACAUGACGCACAAAGAGAUGCUGGAGUGCCAGAACAAGGAGGUGGGCCGCAUGGGCGGAGAGUCCGUGUAUGUGAACACGCGCUGGGGCGGGCACCCGGUGUGCAUAGCACAGAUUUGCCGGCUGGGACAUGCGUACAAAAUGCGGGCGUACUCGUGCAAGGUGAACACAAGCUUCAGUCUGUUGCCGGACAGCAAACCGAACAACUACUUAGACAAGCAUAUAUAUACGAGAGAGCCGGAGAAGGACGGGCUGCAUUCGAGAGUGGUUGCUCGCAAAGGUGGAUACAGCAUGAAGUUCCACAGGGCGCUGCUGCAGAUGUUUGGGCUGCGGAAAUCUAGCGGGCCAGAGUACGACUGCCUGACAGUUGAGUGCGCGCGACCAGGCUCUUUUAUUCAGCUCCUCCGGGAGGGCUGCAAGACGCAAAAAGAGGCGCACUAUGUGCUGGCAGCGCUGCUGCUCCUGUGCGAGGGCGUCGACGUGCCGAUUGAGCUGGCCAAAGACAGAGUGGCUAUAAGAAAAAGAAAAGGCAGCAAGGACGUGCUGGUUGAUGCCCGCAUAGGAGGGGCAGCUUUAGACGGUGUGGAAGGGCGGCUUUCCGAGGCUUGUCAGGUGAUAAACUUCUUCAAGCGGUACAGAGAUACACACAAGAUGCCAAGCAGGUAUGAGGGCUUCCAGUCGGGCGACUUUCUGGAGAGCCCGCAGCUCCUUAUUCUCACGUACAUCGGCGAGUACGUGAACAACGCAGAGGAGCUUAUGUCUGUGAUGGAGUGUGCGUUCAAGCUUGUGGAAGGCAUGGGCCUGGCAGAAAGCUUAAAAGACCCGGACAGCGUGGUCAGCCGGCUGUUUGUGCCUGCGAGCCGUCUGCCCGAGGCCCAGGCGUAUCUCGCGCCAUUUCUAGAGACGUUUCCUACUUUAACGGCCUUGGAGCAUUUAGAAGAGUUUAAGAGCUUUCAAAACGAAGUAAGCAUGGCAGUCCAAAAAAAAGAUGCCCCGAAUGCAGAAGAGGAGUACUUUGACGACCGCGGCACGAACUGCAGGUUUAUUAUGGACUGCUUUCUCUUGCUGUUUCUUUCGGUUGACUCCGAAAAAAAAGCAUACAGCCUGGAGGGCCUUCUGAGCGGGGCCGAGAACACAGAGGAGGUGAAGAAAACCAGGGCGUUUUUGGAUGAGCUGCAGGCGUGCAUUGAAAAAAAGUGCUCUUCUUUGGGGUUUCCCAAUGUCACACAACAGCAGAGGUACAGGGACCUGUGGCUCAAGAUGAACACGCAGUUUAAGGAGGCGCUGGGAGAUGCCGCGCCGACAUUCCUAAACAAGAUGCGCGUGCUUGCGCAGAUGGCUGGGCGGCCGCAGGUCGUGGUGAACAAGCUGGCAGCACACCAAGCGGCGAUGGAUGCGGAAGGAAGCACAGAGUUGACCCCUGAGGCAAUCGAGAGCGUUCGGGCGCUGCUGUGCUCGAUAGCAGUGAACAAGCGCAUGGAGGUGACCAUUCAGAAGCAAUUGGAAGGCUCUGAGCCCAAAGGCUAUCUUUUUAUAGUAAAGCAUGUGAAAUUAGGUCCGCGUAUCGAGCAAACUCUGGAUAUGUCGUUCCGUGAAAGCAGCUCCUCGAAGAUAUCUAUUUGGCCGGCAUGGUUUAGCACCUCUGGCAAAUUGCAGAAGAAUCUGGGCGUGGCGCCCGCAGAAUACAGGCAGCAUAGGCGGUUCUCAAGCUUUGUGCUUGCAGAGUGCAUGCACCAGAUGGCGACAGGGGCAGCCGCACGGAGCCUUUCAGACACAGCAACCAAAGAGCUGUGGGUGGCCGCUGGAAAGGCUGUUGAGCAAAGUGCGGACAGGCCGAAUAGGGUGCUUUUGGCGCUGCCGGUUGCGGGCAAGAACAUCAGAAAAGAGCUUGUCUCUGCGCUUGUACUGUAUGCCGAGCAGAACAAGAUUGCGCUGACUCCAAAACACCCAAUAAGCCGGCUGGUUGCAAACGUGAUAGGGGGCAUUGCUUUUGUUAGUGAGGAUGCAUGGCAUGGUGGGACCUUGGGGGUGCUUGUAGUCACCGGGACUCUGCAUAAAAUGUGUCCAAGGGUGCAGCUGUCUGAAAAGCUGCAUCGGAAGAUUUGGUGUUCGCAGAAAUUUAUCGACUAUAACGGGCCGUAUCCCGCUGAAGAGGCGGAUAGGAUUACACACAAAAGCAUAAUGCAGUAUUUCCGGGGAUACGCUGUGAUGGCAGGUGAGCCGCUGUACAUGUGCAAGGUUCUGAAAGUGGCUGCUGAAGGGAUCUAUUGCAUAUUGUUUUAUGCGGCCGAUCCGUGCGAAGCGCUAGAAGAGAUCUACGUGCUUUUGCGGGCAGAGCACACGGGGGAGGAUUUGCAGAGGGCUGAGGGUCUGAUUGCGCAGCUGCAGCAGUCCUGGAAGGAAUACUUCCAGAAUAAGAAGGGGCUGUCGCAAAUGCAGUGUGAGACUUCCGCCAGAAGCAUGUUGAGUCAGAAAUGA